AUGGACAGCGACUACUUGGAGAACCCUCUUUACAGCGACCUCAAACACUUUUGCAGGAAAGUCCAAGAGGCCUACAACGAGCUCAAAGAGGAAUUGACACCCUACCGAGAUGAACGUUUUUACAGAUUAGCGCCCAUGCGCCUUUACACUCUAUCUAAAAGACAUUUCGUGUUGGUCUUCGUGGUGUUCCUGGCGUGUUUCGGCCUCACAGUUGUUAUUGGAAUUGCAGGUCCAAAGAUUCUUUCCGAGCAGGUUUACAGUGGGGCUCAUCUUGCCAAAAAUGUAUCUGUAAAGACGGGACCGUUCGAACUACGUUCGCCACCUCUGACCACAUAUCACCAGCAGUUGUGGCUCACCUGUGUAAUACAGGCUGAACACAGUAAUGUGGGAGGCUUCCAGCAGCCUUUCGAGAUCAUCGUGGAUCUCAAGGGGGUUAAGCAGGACGCCAGUGUAGAGCACGUCAAAAGCGUACGCAGCAAGUCACGAACACUGCAUUGCAGCACAGUGAGUAAAUGUGACGAAAUCAUCGUGCUGCAUUUGGGCUACCUCAACUACAGCCAGUAUCAGGUCACACUCAGCUUCAAAGGGCUGGAAAAUAUCAGCUACAAUCUCAAGGUCAACUUUGUGUGGAAAACCUACAAUCCCACAUUUUCCCAAGUUGAGAUCUGGUUCCGCUUUGUCUUCGUAGUGUUGACCUUCAUGGUGACGUGUCUGUUUGCCCACUCGUUGAGGAAGUUUUCAAUGAGGGACUGGGGCAUUGAGCAGAAAUGGAUGGCAAUCCUGUUGCCUCUGCUGCUGCUCUACAAUGAUCCUUUUUUUCCUCUGUCCUUCCUGGUAAACAGCUGGUUUCCCGGAAUGCUGGAUGCCUUCUUUCAGGCACUGUUCCUGUGUGCCCUGUUGCUCUUCUGGCUCUGCGUCUACCACGGCAUUCGUGUUCAGGGUGAGCGAAGAUGCUUGACAUUCUACCUGUUGAAGGUGGUCAUCGUGGGCCUUCUGUUGAUCUCGGCUGUCACACUCGGCAUAUGGCAGACGGUCAACGAGCUACAUGACCCCACCUACCAGUACAAAGUUGACAUACAGAACUUUGAGGGUAUGAAGGUGUUCUUCCUGAUUAUCGUUGUCCUCUACACCCUCUACUUGAUCUUCCUGAUCGUCAGAGCCUGCUCAGAACUCAAAAACAUGCCUUACUCAGAUCUACGGCUGAAGUUCUUGACAGCACUGACAUCUGUGGUCCUGGCUAUAAGCUUGGUUAUUCUCUACUUGCGGUUCGGUGCCAAAGCACUCCAGGACAAUUUUGUGGCCGAGCUGUCCACUCACUACCAGAACUCAGCCGAGUUUUUGUCCUUUUACGGUCUGCUCAACUUUUACUUGUACACUUUAGCAUUUGUAUAUUCCCCCUCUAAAAAUGCACUUUAUGACUCCCAGUUGAAGGACAAUCCAGCUUUCUCCAUGCUGAACGACUCAGAAGACGACGUCAUCUACGGGAGCGAGUACGAAGAAAUGCCUUUACAAAAUGGACGUGCCAUCAAAGCAACCGCCAACUUCCAGGAUGAGAGCGAUAGCAACUGA